UAUAAUAUUAUAAAAAUGUUGAAAGUUGCGAUUGUGGUGUCUAUGGCUGCUGUGAUCAGCGCAUCAUAUGGUGGAGACAAUGGGCACUCACGAGAUGACUACUCGCAUCCCAUUCCCUAUGCUUACGGGUAUGACGUGAAGACAGAACACGGGGCACAACUGUCCCGUAAAGAGGAGGGCGAU